AUGGAGUACACUGAGGAGCUGCCGGGCACGCGCCGCAUUUUCGACGCCGAUGGAAAGCCACUCUAUCCUGGCGAUGCAGGCUUGAAGAGGCACGGGGACAUUGUCCUCGUGCCUCAGCCAACCGACUCACCGAAUGAUCCUCUCCAUUGGUCGAUGCCCCGGAAAAUAUGGCACAGCUUUCUCGUUUGUUUCGUCACGGCUUUGACAGCAGCCACGUCCAACGAUGCCGGCGCCGCUCAGUACAAUGAGAACCUGGAACUGGGCAUCAGCUACGGCUCGUUCAACACCGGCGCCGGCGUCCUAUUUUGCGGAAUCGGAUACUGGACAUUGCUUUCUUCUCCAGCCGUCUACUUGUAUGGUCGCCGCAUCUUGUACUUGAUUGGCAUGACGUUGGGUUUCAUUGGAGGUAUCUGGUUCGCGAGAGGGCAGACCACGGGUGACGCAGUCUGGAAUCAGCUCUUUGUCGGCGCCUCCGAGUCGGUGGCCGAAGCAACCGUGCAGUUGUCGCUGAUGGAUCUGUGGUUUCAACAUCAGCGCGGCUCAGUGCUCGGUAUUUACGUGCUGGCGACCAGUAUUGGUACAUACCUGGGACCUCUGAUUGCGAGCUACAUCGCCGACAGCAGCCUGGAUUGGAGAUGGAUCGGAUACUUCGGAGCCAUUUUCUCAGGGGCGACCUUUUUUGUGCUCCUGUUCGGCCUGGAGGAGACGGCCUUCCACCGUGAUCGGUAUUUGGUCAAUGACGGAGACAGGUACUUGAUCGACGGUGUUAACAGAGCUGGCAGCGACAAUUCCGCAGGCCUGGAGGCCGGGCCUCCUCCGGAAAAGGAGAAGGUUGCAGGUCAACCUGAGCCACAAGACGUUCCUCCACGUCACCCGUCCGUUGCAGAACUGCGACUUGCGGCCGAGGACCGCCCCAAGUCGUAUUGGCAACGCAUUGCCAUCAUCACUCCCGCACCGAAUCUGCGAGGACUUGGCUUCAAGCAAUAUUUUCAGCGACUCUUCCACACCCUGAGGAUCUUUACCUUCCCUGCCGUCCUGUACUCCGGGCUGCAGUGGGGAGCCCAAGACGCUUGGCUCACUUUUUAUCUGACAGUCGAGGAGGAUAACUGGUAUGGCCCGCCCUGGAACUACAGCGAUGCCGCUGAUGGGCUGAUGAACGUGCCCUGUUUGAUCGGCGCCGUCAUUGGAGCCACAUAUGGUGGGUGGCUCAGCGACAAAUUCAUGUUAUGGAUGGCCAGGAGAAAUGGAGGUGUGAGCGAGGCCGAACAUCGACUAUGGCUCAUGUAUCCCUGUGCCGCCAUAUUCCCCACCGGUCUCUGGCUGUUUGGAAUCGGCACCAGCUACGGAUGGAACUGGCCAGCACCGUAUGUUGGUCUGGGGUUCAUCGGCUUUGGAUGGGGCUGCUGCGGCGACUUGAGCAUGGCCUAUCUGAUGGACGCCUACCCGGACAUGGUCUUGGAAGGCAUGGUGGGCGUGGCCACGAUCAACAACUCGAUCGCCCUCGUCUUCACCUUCACGGCUUCCGACUGGAUCGACGCGAGCGGUGUUCGAAACACGUUUGUCGCAAUUGGAGUCCUGGCCUUUGUCUUCAUCAUGACAACCGUGCCAAUGAUGAUCUGGGGCAAGACAUCUCGCCGCUGGACCAGGGACCGAUACCAGCGGUUCUUGGAAAUUCGCGAUGGUUUCUCAAACUAA